AGCCUUGCACAGGUGUACCGGCUCCUCCCCCUUGCAGCCUUGCACAGGUGUGCCGGCUCCUCCCCCUUGCAGCCUUGCACAGGUGUGCCGGCUCCUCCCCCUUGCAGCCUUGCACAGGUGUGCCGGCUCCUCCCCCUUAGCCUUGCACAGGUGUACCGGCUCCUCCCCUUCAGUCCUGCACAGGUGUGCCGGCUCCUCCCCCUCAGCCUUGCACAGGUGUGCCGGCUCCUCCCCCUCAGCCUUGCACAGGUGUACCGGCUCCUCCCCUUCAGUCCUGCACAGGUGUGCCGGCUCCUCCCCCCUCAGCCUUGCACAGGUGUGCCGGCUCCUCCCCCUCAGCCUUGCACAGGUGUACCGGCUCCUCCCCCUUGCAGCCUUGCACAGGUGUACCGGCUCCUCCCCCUUGCAGCCUUGCACAGGUGUACCGGCUCCUCCCCCUUGCAGCUUUGCACAGGUGUACCGGCUCCUCCCCCUUGCAGCCUUGCACAGGUGUACCGGCUCCUCCCCCUUGCAGCCUUGCACAGGUGUACCGGCUCCUCCCCCUCAGCCUUGCACAGGUGUACGGGCUCCUCCCCCUCAGUC